ACUAAUUAUCUUAAUUUAAUUAAAAAUAAAGCAAAAAGUAGACAGACUUUCACAAGAAUGGAAGCCUUAAAUAAAAAUUCAGUAAUGAGCCAACUCUGUAAUAAGCAUAACUCAAACUACAUUUAUUUAGAAAAUGAAUAAACUUCAUAAGAAAAUCCUUUAGCCUGCAGUUAAUGUUACUUGGAAAAUAGAGAAAAAUAAUAUAUAAUUAUUUAAAAAGUAAUAAAUAGCGAUAAUAAAAAACCAGUAAUGAAUUGGCCAAAAGGAUUUACAAAUUAGGCUUACUAAUUUUUAGAUUCACAGCAAAAAGAUAAGAAAGUAGAAUUGAAACAGAAAAUAAUUGAUUUCUAUCAAUAACUUGAGCGAUAAAUCUAAUCAGAAUUAGAAUUGUCAAAAUAAUAGUAAAUAAAAUAAUUAGACGAAUAUUUCCUAGAUUUCUCUGAAAUGUAAAAUUUCUAUUAUGAAUAUUUCAGACUUAAAUAGCUGAAAGAGCUCAUGGCAUAUGAUGAUAAAUUAAUAACUUAAUAAUAUUAAAGAUUGCUAAGAUAAUUAAACAACUAAAAUAAUAAUAAUACAACUAUUGAAACUUGUUUAUAAUAUCUCUAUAGAAGUAUAGAAAUGUAUAAAGAUAUUGAUAAAUAGAUUAUCUUUGAAUUUGAAAAAGUAUAAUAAGAUUUAAAGAAAGCUGUUUAAGAAAUUAGAAUUUUACCUCAAAUGUCUCAACAUUUUCAGAAACCUCAAUUAUUAUCUCAAAAUAUAGGAUUAUCUCAAUAUAAUUAAUAACUUUAAGAAGUUUAAUACUUUCCCUAAUCUUAAAUAUCAAAUAAGAUUAAGUAAAAUGAAAUACUUAAAAAGGCUCAAUAAUCUCAAAUAGAAUAAAACUAAAUAAAUUAAUCCAGCUAUUAGAAUAACUAAAGACUGAUGAAUACUUCGAAAACUAACAAGUUGCCUAUACCAUUUUACCCAAAUAUAAUUGCUCCUUCCGAAAUAGGAAUAAUUUUCUCUUAAGAAAUAAAAGACCAAAUGAGUUAAAAUAACUCAAUAAAUUUUUUAAGAUUUAAAAAUGAAUUUUUUUAAGAAAAACUAACAAAAUUAAUAAUUGAACCCAUUGACAUGAGCUAUAAUUAAAAGUUAAAUUAUUCAUAUUUUUUAAAUAAGUUAUAAAAUAUGUCCAAAGAUGUUUUUAAUAUUUAUAACUCAAAUAAUGAAUAAUAACUAGCUUAAUAAAUAGUAAUUUACAUUAAUAAAAAUUUGCAUAAUGAAAUUAAUUAAAUCUUGCUUUCUAAGAAUUCUAAGCUAGUUGAAAAGUGGGUACCUUUGAUAUCAUUGUAUUAGAAGUCUCUCUGUAUAUACAGUGAUAUUUAACUAAAAAAUAAUUAAUAAUAAACGAACAAACAUUUGUAUAGACCAGCUUUAAUACCAGAAUAUCACUUCAACUAACUGAUAUAAAUAAAUAAUAAUAUUUGCUUUACUUCAUUUUAGACUUUUGUUUCUUAUUCCUCAAUAGCAAUUCAGUAUAUUUUAAACUAAAAAUAAAGCAAUGAAAAUAUCAAUGUGAUAUUUGAAUACAAACCUGAAAUCAAUUAUUCCUCAGCAUAAAGAAUAAUUUAAAUAAAUUAAGAAUUUAUAACUUAACCAAUUAUUGUCUAUAAAAUAAUUGAUAUUAAAAAAUUUACCUUAAAUAAUAAAAUUUUCUAUGAAGUUUAAAUACAAAAAAAUGAACAUUGA